CCUGGGCGGGACCUCAAGGCCGGUUUGGAAGUUUUGGCGCGAGCUGACUCUGCGCGCGUUUCAGGGCCGUUCCCCCUCCGCAGAGUCCUACGGCCUGGGCGUGGGAGCCAUCGACUUCAGACCCUGGCCUGCCACACCGCCCCGAGGGCUCCCGCGGCCUCCUCCGACCCGGAAUCUAGGACCUCGCUGAGCUGCGCCCCGCUCAGCCGCUCCAGGUGAGUUUUGCGUGUGGAUUUCCAGUUGUCCCAGCACCACUGUUGAGAAGACUCUCCUUUCCCACUGAAUUGUUCUGGCACCCGUGUCAAGAUCAACUGAGGUGCUUGUUGUUCCCACGGUCUCCAUGUUUAGAGCAGAAAAUGUGUGCAGAAUAAACACGGAUCUACUCUGCAGCCUCUCUGGGCCCACAAGGCUGGGCGCUCUUUGAGUGGACACCCUGUGCUGUCCCUCAGAUCCUCCUGUGCCAGCCAUGCCUGUGCCCACAGAGGGCACCCCACCACCCCUGAGUGGCACCCCCAUCCCAGUCCCAGCCUACUUCCGCCAUGCAGAACCUGGUUUCUCCCUCAAGAGGCCUGGAGGUCUCAGUCGGAGCCUCCCACCCCGGCCCCCUGCCAAGGGCAGCGUCCCCAUCAGCCGUCUCUUCCCUCCUCGGACCGCGCACUGGCACCAGCCCCAGCCCCGGAGCGUGUCGUUCCGAGGCGAAGCGUCUGAAACCCUGCAGAGCCCUGGGUACGACCCAAGCCGGCCAGAGUCCUUCUUCAAGCAGAGCUUCCAGAGGCUCAGCCGCCUGGGCCAUGGGUCAUACGGAGAGGUCUUCAAGGUACGCUCCAAGGAAGACGGCCGGCUGUAUGCAGUGAAGCGUUCCAUGUCGCCAUUCCGGGGCCCCAAGGACCGGGCCCGCAAGCUGGCUGAGGUUGGUGGCCAUGAGAAGGUGGGGCAGCACCCGUGCUGCGUGCGGCUAGAGCGAGCCUGGGAGGAGGGCGGCACCCUGUACCUGCAGACAGAACUGUGUGGGCCGAGCCUGCAGCAGCACUGUGAGGCCUGGGGUGCCAGCCUGCCUGAGGCCCAGGUCUGGGGCUACCUGCGGGACACCCUGCUCGCCCUGGCCCACCUGCAUGGCCAAGGCCUGGUCCACCUGGAUGUCAAGCCAGCCAACAUCUUCCUGGGGCCCCGGGGCCACUGCAAGCUGGGUGACUUUGGGCUGCUGGUGGAGCUGGGUGCCUCUGGAGCUGGUGAGGCUCAGGAGGGAGACCCCCGCUACAUGGCCCCCGAGUUGUUACAGGGCACCUAUGGGACAGCCGCAGACAUGUUCAGUCUGGGUCUUACCAUCCUGGAAGUGGCAUGCAACAUGGAGCUGCCCCAUGGCGGGGAGGGCUGGCAGCAGCUGCGCCAGGGCUAUCUGCCCCCUGAGUUCACUGCCGGCCUGUCCUCUGAGCUACGUUCUGUCCUCAUCAUGAUGCUGGAACCCAACCCCAAGAUGCGAGCCACAGCUGAGGCCCUGCUGGCCCUGCCCAUGCUCAGGCAGCCACGGCCCUGGAACAUCCUGUGGUACAUGGCUGCUGAAGCUCUAAGUCGAGGGUGGGCCCUGUGGCAGGCCUUGCUUGCCCUGAUGUGCUGGCUCUGGCAUGGGCUGGCUCGCCCUGCCAGCUGGCUGCAGCCCCCCGGCCUGCCGGCCACCCCACCAGGCUCACCACCCUGCAGUCUCCUGGACAGCAGCCUCUCCAGCAACUGGGACGACGGCAGCGUAGGGCCCUCACUGUCUCCAGGGGCCAUCCUGCCUGGGGCUGCCGGGAGCACCUCCACCCCCCGCAGUGGCUCCCCUGUCCCCCAGAGCAGCUACUCAUUGAGGGACACCCUAGACUUAAGUGACAUUGACUCUGAGCCCUCUCGGGGCUCCUUCCCCUCCUUUGAGCCUCGGAACCUCCUCAGCCUGUUUGAGGACUCACUGGGCACGACCUGAGCCCACAGGCAGCCUUGGCGCUUUUCGCCUUUUAGCACUGUCCCCCAUCCUCCUGGAGGCUGGGAUCCCUCGAGAACUCCAGUGGUUCCUUCUGCCUGGCCAUCUCUAAUAAAAGGUAUAUGAAUUUUG